AUGGCGGAUUUGAGUUGGCGUGACAUAGUCGAUGAAUGGCCGAAUGAGCCAGAAUACAUGCUGCGACUCAAGAAAGAUGUGCAAAGCAUAGCAGCCCUGGAGAAAGAUGAAGGAACAACAGGAACCUUGGGCGAGCAGAGGGGAUUCAAGAGGAUCGUGCAGGCAUUUGACCGUCUCAUUUUGCGCGCUACGGAAGAGGAAGUGCAGCGCUUUCUUCAGGGCAUCAUCCUCGAGCGGAGGUAUCGACAGCUGUUUGAUGCGAUGCGGUUAGAUCCCAACCUGGAGAACGACGUGUUGAGCUGGACUGGAAUUGAAGCAAUCAUGGAGUGGAAUUUGGAAUGGAAUCGUGCUGGUGGAACAGAGUGCGUCACCGUCGCUGUGGAGAAAGGCACUGCAAAAUGCUGCAAAACGUUCCAGGCACCUCCUGAUGCAACGCCAGCCCGGAUCAUAGAAAUUCUUUCGGCCAAAGAGGAGCUUCAUGCGACUCAAAUCGAAAUACCAGCAGAUGCAUUUCGCCCGAUUCGAGAGCGCAACGGCGUGCUGGCUAUGAAAGUUCACCAGGACAAGGAUGAGGACUAUCAGAGACUAUCAAGAUGA